AUGGAAGAAAGAACUUUUGUAAUGGUUAAGCCUGACGGGGUUCAUAGGAAUUUGGUAGGUGAAGUUUUGAAGCGUUUUGAGUUGAAGGGUUUGAAAUUGGUUGCUGCCAAGUUCAUGAUGCCUUCUAGAGAAUUGGUUGAGAAACAUUAUUCCGCACAUGAAGGAAAGCCUUUCUUCGAUGAACUCGUCAGCUUUGUAGGACAAGGACCUGUUUUCUGUACUGCUUGGGAAGGUCCUAAUGCCGUUAAAGUCGGUCGAUCACUUCUAGGUGUUACGAAUCCCGUUGAUAGUGCACCUGGAACUCUUAGAGGUGAUUUUGGGUUAACAUUGAGUAAAAAUCUUGUUCACGCUAGUAGUUGUUUGGAAGAUUCCGUAGCCGAGUGUAAUCUCUGGUUCAAACCUGACGAGUUUGUCACUUGGACUCCAAACGCUUCUAAAUGGCUUCUCUAA